GUGAACAACGAGUCAAUCAAAUUUUUGUUCUUGUAUUCAAACAUUGGACAAAAUCUUCAUAUAUUUAAUCUUUUGUGUUGCUAUCAAAUUGGCUUUGAAAUUUCGAGACCCCACAAAGCCGUGUUCUUGAGAAAACUUUUCUUCCUACAGGGAAUUCGAGAAUCAAAUUCGGCUGCACUUUCGAGGAAUUCAAUCUCCAUUUCGAUUAUCAGAAAGAAAAAGAAGAAAGUAAGAUAGAGAUUGAGGUUGAGGUUGUUGAUGGAAAAGUUCAUCUUUUUUCAGUUUCCAUCUUCUUCUUCUUCUUCUUCUUCUUCUUCUUCUUCUUCUUCUUCUUCUGCAUUUCUUCUUCAAUCUUCAGUAAUUUAUUGAUCAUACUGAGUUCUUGAAUCUUGCCCAAUAAAUCUGAUAAUCGAGCUUAGGUUUGGUUCUUUUUCUUAACUUGUGAACUUCUUGAUUUUCUUUUGUGGGUCUGGUGAUGAUGAACUUGAUUGUGUCCAUUUUUUUACUUCAAAGGCUGUAAUUAUCUGAUUUUAGCAAGAAUAUUUGGAUUGUACUUGAAUCGGAACUGGAGAAUACUGUUUGAUUUGGGUGAGCUGUAUGUAUAAUCUUUGCUUUUGCUAUGAGGAGUUGAAACAGAGUACUGGAUGAUUCUGGCCAUGGGUUUAUGAUUGUGGAGGUUUGUUUUAUGAAAUAUCAUUGGAAUUGAAUUUGGGAAGAUUUGAUUGGACGAUGGGGUUGUCUGAAAUAUGAAUAUUGCGCGAAAUUUGCCGAUUGAAUUGGGUUUCACCGAAAGUUGAAGUUUCCGUGUGAGUUGAUCAACUGUGAUUUGUUGCUAUCUUUAAGCGUAAGCUUGGGUUUUCUCAAGAAUGGCGGCCGUAUCACCGGCGCCUUUUUCAUCUCCGUCUCCGGCUUCUCCCUCCACUCCAUCUCUUUCGCCUCCUGCCGCAUCUGAUUCUCCACCCACUACUCCGUCACCGUCGCCGCCGCAACAAUCGCCUCCUUCGAAUCAGUCUGACUCCGCCACUCCUAGUUCAUCUCCUCCGCCGCCGUCUCAUCAACCAUCUGCUACUUCACCUCCACCUACAUCUGAAACUCCCCCGCCAUCAACACCUGCAUUGUCUCCUCCGCCGCCUCGGACGGUUCCGCCGGCAACUCCAUCACCAACUACGCCCAAUGCUCCACCCCCAACAACACCGGACCCUCCACCACCAGUAAGCUCCACUCCCCCAACGCCGUCUGAUCCCCCACCAAAUUCACCUCCACCUCCUGCAGCAGAGCCUCCUCAAUCCCCUCCCCCACAAUCAUCAAAACCACCUGAAAAUUCCCCUCCGCCGCCACCACCACCACCACCAUCACAAGCAAACCCGCCGGACAAUCCGUCCCCGCCGCCACAACCCACAAACCCACCUGAGAAUUCACCCCCACCGCCACCAUCAGCACCUCCAGAAACCUCACCUCCCUCCCCAGCAUCAAUACCUCCUAGAAAUUCACCGCCACCCCCACGGCUUUCUCCCCCUCCCGGUGAGCCCUCACCGGCAAGUCCUCCUCCCAAGUCAUCACUACCCCCAUCUCCACCACCUCCGCCGUCGCGUCUUUCUCCUCCAUUACCUUCUAAACCCCCCACAUUGCCGUCGGGGAAUCGUACGGGCGAUGGUUCUGCUCCUAGUGAUGGAAGUGCAAAUUCAAAUUCCAAUAGCAAUGGAGGGAUCAGUAGUGGGGGUGUGAUUGCCAUUGGUGUAGCGGCAGGAAUUAUCGUGCUUUUCAUAAUUGGAUUUGUUGUAUGGUACAUCAGAAAGCCAAGGAAAAAUGAUUCUGGGCGUGGAGGUUACAUUAUGCCAUCCUCUCUGGGUUCCUCUCCUAAAUCGGAAUCAUCCCUUAUGAAGGUCCAUUCCUCAGUUCAUCAAGACAUACAUGCCACCGGCAGUGGCAGUGGGAGUGGCAGUGGUGGAAUAUACACUCCAAAAGAGCCUGGUGGGCUGGGGAGUUCGAGGCCAUUGUUUACAUAUGAGGAACUCUUCAACGCAACCAAUGCAUUUUCUACUCAGAACCUCUUAGGAGAAGGAGGAUUUGGUUUUGUUUAUAAAGGAUAUCUUCCAGAUGGAAGAGUGGUUGCAGUGAAGGAGCUAAAGAUUGGUGGUGGCCAAGGUGAGCUGGAAUUCAAAGCUGAAGUCGAGAUUAUUGGUCGUGUACACCAUCGCCAUUUGGUUUCUCUUGUGGGCUAUUGUAUUUCAGAGCAUCAAAGGUUGCUGGUCUAUGAUUACGUCUCUAACAAUUCACUUUACUACCAUCUUCAUCUCAAAGGCAAUGGUGAGCUCGUUCUGGAAUGGGCAAAGCGCAUUAAGAUUGCAGCUGGUGCAGCCCGGGGCAUUGCUUAUCUUCAUGAAGAUUGUCAUCCUCGAAUUAUCCACCGUGAUAUCAAAUCCUCAAACAUUCUUCUUGACGAAAAUUUUGAAGCUCGAGUCUCGGACUUUGGGCUUGCCAAAUUAGCUCUCGACGAACAGACUCAUAUAACAACUCGUGUUGUGGGAACUUUUGGAUAUGUUGCUCCUGAAUAUGCAUCAAGUGGAAAGUUAACUGAGAGAUCAGAUGUAUUUUCUUUUGGAGUUGUACUUCUCGAGCUGAUUACUGGUCGAAAAGCUGUGGAUGCAUCCCAACCAAUGGGGAACGAGAGCCUUGUCGAAUGGGCUCGGCCUUUACUUAACCAUGCACUUGACAAUCAAGAUUUCGAAAACUUGGUAGACCCAAGGCUUGGAAGGAACUAUGACGAGAGUGAAAUGUUGAGGAUGAUAGGAAUAGCUGCUGCUUGCGUGCGUCACGCGUCUGCCAAGAGACCGCAGAUGGGACAGGUUGUUAGAGCUUUUGAUAGUUUAGCAACUGCAGAUUUAAGUAAUGGAAUGAGAUUUGGGGAGAGUCAAGCUUUCGACUCCGGUCAACAAUCUGCCGAAAUUAGAUUUUUCCGAAUGCUGGCAUUCGGUAACCAAGAUUACAGUUCAGAUUUUUAUAGCCAAGGUAGCUCAAAUGCCUGAUUGAAUAGGAAAUUUUGUAGAUGUAAUAGAGAGAGGAGAAAUUUCACCUUGACCAGGAAGGCUUUUUUCUAUGCUGACUGGAACUAAGGUUGAUCGCAAGAGCACCUUCAUGUAAAUGUAAGUAUAUAUGAACAAUCCCCCAAUUCAUACUCAAUAGAUUCCAUCAUUGUUUAUACAUAAA